AUAAAGUCGAUAACUUUGGCAAAGUAACAAAUGUAUUAUAUGUAUGUGUCAACCAAAUAACACGUGCUGUCGAAAAAUUCAAAAAUAGGUUAGAAACAAUUAUUAUAGAUUCUCUUAAAUAUUAGAAACUUAGUGACACAUUAAAAAACAACGUUACGUACGUAUGAGACAAUAUUUGAUGUUCGAAGCUUGCAAGUAAAACUGCUCGUUGUAAUAACAGUAAAAAUAAUAUUCAUUUGUAUAUACAAACGAGUAAACCUUUUCUAAUCGGGCUGACAGUGUUGUUCGUCCAGACCGGUACGAAAAAUAAAAAUCUAAUGGUUUGCUGAAUCAUCAAUACUUUUCAAACGACACUUCCUAUUGAUGUUUCAACAAAAUUUGAUAAAAAUUUCAAUCUUAAUUUAAUUAAAGUGUCUAUUUUCAAGUGGCUGCUCAUCAAAAGUACAAUCAAUGAAAAAACAUCGGUUGUAAAUUUAAAACGAUCGAGCGAAUGAUUACUUACCAUUUUCUAUCUUAUCUGGAUUAAUAAAGAUAAAGUAAAAAGGCUCCUUUUAUAUACUUUCUUGACGAUAAAAUGAUAUAUCUGUCAUUUUUCAUUGGUUUUAUAAUUGAUAUAAAAAUUAUUACGUGUCAUGUAACAACGUGAUACAAAUGAAAGUAAAAUAAUUAAUUUAUCCGUAAUUUUGAUCGAAAGAACAAUCGCAUUUUUUAAGAUUGUCGAUAAUUAAAAAUUUCUUUUAUGCAUUUUUUUCGUUCGAUAUGAACUCACUUCAUUCCGUACUUAAAUAGUACACGGUCUACAAUACGUGUGUGUGUGUGUGUGUUGUGUAUAGAGUAUUGAACAAAAUUUGAUUCGUGAGUGCGAUGCGUCAUUUGUCGGAUGAAUUCAUUGAUUGAGAAAAGUGCAAUUAAUGUGAAAAUGGAUAGAAGUGGAAACGACAAACAACAGGAAAAGAUGGCGAAGUCUAACGAAAGUUGUAUCGACACCAUGGCGGAACCAGUCAGUGUAAUGCCUGAAAAAUGGGUUAACACCGCAACGAGCGAAACUUUUUAUUACGUUGGUGUAAGAGGAUCGCCGUAUGCAACCGAAUCAUCUGUUUUUGAAUUAUCUCCGGACGAACUCUUGGCACUUACUAAACGUUUUCAAAGCUCUGCUUCGACGGUGGUCAAUGGCGCACUGAUUAAAGGACGACCCUUUUCGGUUAUUAAUGCUCUAGCCGAAUUAGGCUAUCGAGUUAUUUGUAGUACCGGAGAAGCUGAAAUUCUUUGGACGCUGCAACGGGAGGUUUAAUUUUUCUAAAGUAUUGUAUUUGUAGUAAAGAAUAUGCACAUAUAUAAAGAUAUACACCAGUA